AUGUCGCAAGGCUGCUGGGGCUGGUUCCUGCGCAGCAGCCUUGUGAUCCAUGUGACAUCGGAGCACCGGUUUAAAGAGCUUCUUGACACAACCAAGCGCUCGGUGGUCGUUAAUUUCUCGGCCUCUUGGUGUGGUCCGUGUCGAUACAUAAGUCCUGCCUUCCACGAGCUCAGUAUCAAAUAUCCAGACACGAUCUUCCUUAAAGUGGAUGUGGAUGAACUCAAGACGGUCGCAAAGAGCUGCGGCGUGGCGAGUAUGCCCACGUUCCAGUUCUUCCGCGACAGCGUUUGCGGCAGCGCAAGCCCCACGUUGUGUCCGUGA